UACCAAGGCCUGCCCAGCCGCCCAGCCGCCCAAACCCUUGGCGCCUCUCCCCGCAACCCUCCUUCCGGUCCUCCCUAGACUUCCCAACACGCCUGCACAUCUUGCCAUUCAACUCGACCAAACAACUUCAUCUCAUCACAUUCUUCAGUCGAGCGACUUAAACAACACGCCAGAUGGCUCCAGUCAGCAUACGGCGCUCUCCCGCGUCGUCGGCGGCCACCGUCGUCUCUCUCUCUAAACUCCUCCACAUUGUCCCUGCCGUCCUCUCCAACGCUCAUGUCAAACGCGGCGCAGAGUUUGUGAUCGCUGGACAUGGCGGCGGCGGGGAGGGUCCACCCACCGAGUCGCCAGAGUACAUGUUCAAGCUCAUCAUGGCCUUGGCUUUUGUCAUCCUCGGUGGCAUCUUCGCUGGCCUUACGCUCGCCCUUAUGGGCUCCGAUGACCUCAACCUUCGUGUCCUCGCGACCUCCUCCUCCGAUCCAUCUGAGCGCAAGAAUGCCGCAAAGGUCCUUCGCUUGCUUAGCAAGGGCCGUCACUGGGUCCUCGUCGUUCUUCUCCUCAGCAAUGUUAUUGUCAACGAGUCUCUGCCAGUCUUUUUGGACCCAGUGCUUGGCGGUGGUGUCCGCGCCGUCAUCGUGUCCACCGUGAUGAUUGUCAUUUUCGGAGAGGUCAUUCCUCAGGCCGUAUGUGUCCGCUAUGGUCUUCAGAUCGGCGGCGCCUGUGCUCCCGCCGUGCACGCCAUGAUGCUCAUCUUUGCACCCAUCGCCUGGCCUAUUGCGAAGCUUCUCGACUGGGUUCUCGGCCAUGAUGCUGGCCACACCUACAAGAAGGCCGAACUCAAGAGCUUCCUCCAGUUCCACCGCGAGGGCGAGGAGCCGCUUCGUGAUGACGAGAUCACCAUUCUCAACGGUGUGCUGUCGCUGAACGAGCGCAAGGUCAACGAGAUUAUGACUCCUAUCGGCGACUGCCUCACCCUUGCCAUCGACAAGAUUCUUGACAGCGACACCAUCGACCACAUUCUGAUUUCUGGCUUCUCUCGCAUCCCAGUGCAUGAGUCUGGGCAGCCGGACAACUUCAUUGGAAUGCUGCUGGUCAAGACUCUCAUCUCUUACAACCCUGAUGACGAACUCCCGGUCUCCAAGUUCCCCCUUCUUCCUCUCCCCGAGGCCAACCCCAGCCUCAACUGCUUCCAGGCUCUCGACUACUUCCAGACUGGUCGCGCGCACCUUUUGCUCAUUAGCGACACGCCGGGCAAGAGAGGCGGUGCCGUCGGUGUUCUCUCGCUGGAGGACCUCAUUGAGGAGUAAAUAUCGAGUUGCCCAGGCGUUCAUCGAGUAAGGCUGACAUAACCAGGAUCAUUGGCGAGGAGAUCAUUGAUGAGACGGAUCGCUACCACGACAACCACUCGAAGAGAAAGGCCCAGCGCAAGGCGACCGCUACUAUUAUGCGCGGUAUCAUUGAGCGCAACCGCGUAAUCAACGCCUUCAGCAGGCGCCCAUCGGUGCGUGAUAUGCGGCUCGUGCA